UUCUAUCAAUAGUUUAACAUAUCGCAUUUUCCUGAUCAAGCUAAACAAGUCUAGUAACUAUAGGGUUUGAUAAACAGGUAUAUAAAUCACUAAUUAAGCCUCUCAAUCAAUAAUGAGCCGAGGUGGGAGCUCUGGAGGCGGACAAAGCUCACUAGGCUAUCUUUUUGGAUCAGACAAUGAGACUCCAAAGAAUCUCCCAUCGGCUGCCCCAAAGCCUACACCACCAUACGGCAUAGAUCCCACCGACGACGACAAAUCUGACCAAAAGCCUAAGAUCUCUAACAACAACAACUACUACAGAGCUCAGGGCCAAAACUCUGGCAACUUCGUCACAGAUCGUCCAACGACGAAGGUUAAGUCGGUUCCUGGUGGAGGUUCGUCUCUUGGAUACUUGUUCGGAGUAAAGGAAUGAAAAUGAAGUCAUAUAACUAGGGUUUGUAUUGUGAUCUAGUGAGUAUUUUAUGUGUACUGAAUCUACUGAUCCCUAUCUAGACCUCUACACUUCUUAUUUAUAUGUAUGUACGAAAACGUGUGUUUUGAAUUUGCAGUUGACUUGUUCAACUUGGCGAAUAAAUGGUUUCUAGUCA